AUGGUAAUUAAUAUUGAUGAAAAGACAACACAUACCGCUAAUCCACAAGAAGUAGCACAAGAACCAAAAGAAGUCAGUACAAAAGUACCAGAAGUAUCAGAAACAACUGACAAAAAACCAGAAAUGACCGGGGAUAUUCAGCACGUAGCGGGAUCUUCUAUAACACAGACAGAACAGUCUCCAGUAAUACAAGAAGUCGAAGAAUCCGAAGAAGUCGAGUCUCCAGUAGUACAAGAAGUCGAACAAGUCGAGUCUCCAGUAAUACAAGAAGUCGAAGAAUCCGAAGAAGUCGAGUCUCCAGUAGUACAAGAAGUCGAACAAGUCGAGUCUCCAGUAAUACAAGAAGUCGAAGAAUCCGAAGAAGUCGAGUCUCCAGUAGUACAAGAAGUCGAAGAACCCGAAGAAGUCGCUGAAGAAGUAUCAGAAGUACCUGUUUCUUCAACAGCAGAUGAAUCAUUAGUUAGUGAGACAAUAAUAAACCGUCCUAUUUUCUUAGCAAUAGGUUCUGAACAAAAGAAGGAUACUACAGACGCCUCAGUAGCACCAGUUAAGACAGAAGAAGCCGCUGCAGGAGCCAUAGUGGCAGAGCAGUCUUCAGUAGAUGAUAAUAUAUCAGAAGAAGUUGAUAAUGAAGCAGAUGAUGAAGCAGAUAAUGAAGCAGAUAAUGAAGCAGAGGAUGAAGAAGAGAAUAAGCCAAACAGGUCAGAAGAUAUUCAUCAAGCAGCAAGAGAGGUUUUUGUACCUUUUAUAGUGGAUCCUAGUGCAAUAAACCCGAAGCCACUAGUAUCAACCACUUCUCAUACACCAGCAGAAGAAGACCAGAAAACUCUCACUCCAGCAGGAGAAGACGACCAGGAUGCUACCACUUCUCAUACACCAGAAGAAGAAGACCAGGGUACUGCCACUCAUACAACAGCAGAAGACGAGCAGAAAACUCUCACUCCAGCAGGAGAAGAAGUAGGCCAGGAUACUGCCACUUCUCAUACACCAGAAGAAGUAGGCCAGGAUACUGCCACUUCUCAUACACCAGAAGAAGAAGACCAGGGUACUGCCACUCAUACAACAGCAGAAGACGAGCAGAAAACUCUCACUCCAGCAGGAGAAGAAGUAGGCCAGGAUACUGCCACUUUACCAGCAGGAGAAGAAGUAGGCCAGGAUGCUACCACUUCUCAUACACACCAGCAGGAGCAAGCCAGGUUACUCCCCCUCCAGCAGACCAGAUUAUUCCCCCUCCAGCAGAAGAAGAAGGCGAUGCGCCUGUUCAUUUCUGGAGUAAUCGGGUUAUGAUUAUUGCAGGAGUGAUUGUAGUCAUUAUUAUAAUUAGUUUUAGUAUAUUCUUACUACAGUUAGUCAAAACAAAAGGAUUUAUGACUAAUUAAAAUAAUAUAUAACCCGA